AUGGGCCACAACUCAAGCUGCUGCGCGGAAGAAGACUUGGUGGAGGGCCCAAAGGACCCCACUGAGGCACCACCGGAAGUCGUGAGCAGCUACGAGAGCAAGGCAGAGUCUCCAGCGCCCUCUGAGACCAAGGAGGCUGUGGAGGCGGCUCCCGAGGUGUCCACGACGUCUCGUGUUCCGAGCAAGUGGAGCCGCCUGCAGCAGAUGCGGCACCUCGAGGUAGAUGAAGAAAUCCUUCGAGGCAUCCGGCUUCAGGCCUCUUUGCGUACCUUCGGCAAGCUCUGGCGUCGCUCGCCGGUGGAUCUUCCGGAAGAGGAGCGUUUGGGCCUCUACGAGUGCGCUGUACCAGUGGAGGGCUUUGACGUGUUCCUCUCACACACUUGGAUGACACCUGGGUGGUGCAAAGUCCUCAGCCUUGUCUUCCAGGUGGGCUGGAAGCAUACGCUGCUUUGCCAAAGCCUCUGCGUGGCAGCUGCUUUCGUGCUGAGCAUGCUGGGUUGGCUUCCCACGCCAUACGUCCUCCCGACCGAGUUUGGACAAUUUCAGGAUGUCAGCUGCCCCUUCUUCCCCUGGUGUUUGGUCAUGUCUUUCGUCGGUGCUUGCGUGGGCCUCCUCCUGGUUCCGUACUCUCCGAACCUACGUGGUCAAUGCCCAGUAUGUUUCCUGGACGUGGUGAGCAUCCACCAGGUGGACCAAGAGCUCAUGGAGCGGGGCAUAUACGGCCUAGGUGGAUUUCUUCGAGUCUCCAAGGAGCUGCGGGUCCUUUGGUCUGCCCCCUACCUCUCGAGGCUUUGGUGUGUCUUUGAGCUAGCAGCUUACCGGAUGGCGAAUCCGAGUGGACGUAUCGUUGUCUCUCCGGUCUUUGUGGAGACUGGCGUUUUGCUGACAAUUCUGGGAACAUACUUUGUGGCGGGCCUCUUCUCAGUUGUGUAUGUCCUGAGUUGGCGGGAAGUAGAGCGUGUGCCACUCUACUUCGUCUCGAUGGCUCCCCUCAUCGUGCUUGUGCACCUGCUCCGUCGGAACAACAUGUCAAAGCACAGGCUUAUGUCAGACUUGCAGUCAUUCGACCUCGAAAAGGCUUAUUGCCGCAAGGACUUCGAUCAGGAGUUCAUCCACAGAGCCAUAUCUGAGUGGUAUGGGAGCAAGGAUGCCUUCGCACAGUAUGUGCGCGGCCCCCUGAGAGAAGAAUUGCUGCACAGCAGCAGAUCCAGUUUUCCGCCGCAAUAUCUUGUCAUGGUGGCAGCCGCAACAGUCUCUGCUUCGUUUGAUAGCCUCGCCUCCUUGUGGCUGGGUGGUUUGGAUGGAUACUUCAUCUUGUCAGAGUUUGUGGGAAACAGUAUCGGCUUUCACGUGGGCUGGUUUCUGGCCCACCUAAAGCUGCUGAUUUUUCUUUGUGAGCGCUUUGCGGCACCAAUUUACCCAGGGCUAUGUGAUUAUGCGCAGUCUAUCAUGUUGUUCGGCACUUUCUUCGUGCUGUAUUACUUGGGGCAGACACUCUGCCGGUUCGCAUACACUUCAAGUCUUUGGGGUGCCGUGGCAUGGGCAAGUUCAACGUGUCUGCUGGCUGUCUUUGCUUUCUCCGCAGAGUACCAGAUGCAGGUAAGGGCAGAGAAGGCGCAAGGCUCUGCAGUUGCAUUUGGCGCGCCCGCGCAAAAGGAGGAGGACCUCGUGGACGGCCCAAAGGAGCGAUUGCGUAAGGAGGUGCCAGAGGUCGUUGACAGCUACCACGGGGAUGGCAACUGUACCCCGUCUUCCUCCAGCUCCGCUGGCGCACAGGAAGUGGCAGAUCCGUCGAGCUUACCAGCCUUGAUGUCGCCAGCAACGCUAGAUACUUUGGGCACACAUCCAUCCCGCAGCCUUAGCAAAUGGGAUCGACUGCAAAACAUGCAGCACCUGGAGGUGGAUGUGGACAUUGUGCGCGGCAUCUCCCUCAAUGCGUCUCUGAGGGGUCUGGGACACCUUUGGCGACGUUCUCCCAUUGAUUUGCCCGAGGAGGGGCGCCGGCACCUCUAUGAGCGCUCGUCGCCAGUGGAUGCCUACGACAUCUUUCUGUCACAUACGUGGCAGACACCUGGGAGGUACAAGGUCCUUAGCCUGCUCUUCCAGGCAGGAUGGAAGCACAUGCUAUUAUGGUGGUUCAUCGGUGUGGUGUUGGCUGGCUUGCUGAGCGAGCUGCGCGUGCUGCCGCUGCCCUUGAGUAUUCAGCCAGAAUUCACUGAGUUCCACGCGCACCACUGCCCUUUCUUCCCUUGGUGCUUCAUUGCGGCGUUCGUUUGCAGCUUUAUGGGCUUGCUCUUGGCACCUUAUUUCCCGAAUAUUUGUGGCCAGCGAACCAUGUGCUUCCUGGACGUCGUGAGCAUCCACCAGGUGGACCAAGAGCUCAUGGAGCGGGGCAUCUAUGGCCUAGGCGGAUUUCUUCGGGUCUCCAAGGAGCUGCGGGUCCUUUGGUCUGCCCCCUACCUCUCGAGGCUUUGGUGUGUAUUUGAACUGGCGGCCUACCGCAAGGCCAACCCCAAUGGGAAAACUGUUCUGGCGCCGCUAUUUGUCGAAGCUGGAGUUCUCCUGAGCAUUUUUGGUACGUACUUUGCCGCCAUCCUCUUCAAUGUGGGCUUCGUGAUGCGAUGGGACUCAGGGGAGAUGCGCCUCUUUAGCUACCUUUUUGCGCUGACGCCCAUCUAUGUCCUGAUGCACCUCUAUCGCCGGACCACCAUGUCAAAGCUGAAGCUGUUGUCGGACCUUCACACCUUUGAUGUAGAGCGAGCCGAUUGCCGCACAAAUUUUGACCGUGAGUUCAUUCUCCGGGCAAUCACCGAGUGGUAUGGGAGCAAGGAUGCCUUCACCCGGUAUGUCCGUGGACCUCUUCGCAGUGAGCUCUUGGGGCGAAGGAAGGAGAUUUUGCCGCUGCAGUAUCUUCUCAUUGUGUCCACCGUGACCUUCAGCGCAUCAUUGGACAACAUCAUCGCCUUGGACCAGGGAAUGGUGCCUAGAUAUUGGGUGGUUGCCCAGGCUGUCUCCAGUUGCUUCGGCUUCUACGUGUGCUGGUUUGUUAUGAUGCUGAAGCUGACCAUCUUCCUCUGUGACCGCUUCGCUGCGCCGUGGUACCCAGGAGCGCUGGCAGACUAUUUGCAGACCUUCGUGCUCUUUGGCGUGGGCGGCGGCUUCUACUAUGCUGGGGCUGAGCUCUGUCGCAGAGCUUAUCUGGCAGGCCUCGAGGCCUCAAUUGCAUGGGCGAGCGUUGCUUUCCUUCUGUCAGCUUCUUCGUUCUUCACGGAUCGCAUCAUAGCAAACCGGUUGAACGACCCGCUGAAAACUCAGACACAAGUCUGA